UUCUCGUUCAGAAGCUAUUGGCUCCACUUUUCCUUUAAUGGGCUUUCUCUAAUCGUGUUUUAAGCUUUGAACUUUUCUGUUAUCACUCAUCACUCUACCUUGAUUUUUAUAUUUGUUGUCUUGCUCAAUGUUAACUUCAUUUUUGUGUGGUGCUUGUGGCUUGAUUUUGAUUAUUUUCUCAAUUUGAAUUAAGGUUGGCAUAAAAAAUAGUGAUUGUUUGGAUUGUUACACUUUGAUCAUGUCAUUUCAACUUAGCUUCCAUGCAAUUACGGUUUGUUACUUGAAAGAACAAAUGUCUCAAGUGGGGACAAGCAUUCUGAAUUACAUGUCUUUGGUUUGGUCAUGAACUUUCCUCGAACAGUUGGGUUCAGUUCACAAGGAGGUACUUUUGAUUUGGUAAACCAUUAGAUCACAUUUCCGGCAGAAAUAUGAAGAAUUCCGUUGGGAGUGCCGAGGAGCAAAUUCUUGGACAUUCUUGCAAGGCAAGUGCUACUUUUCCGAAUGUGAAACCUGAAGAAACUAUCAGCCCCACCUCUAAAAAUAGUUCUCGUGUUAAGUUUGAAUAUUCGAGAAAAUAGUGACAUGGAAACAUAUUUCUAUUGAAAUUGGUGAAAGUCACUUCUGAAAAAACAAAUAACCUCCUUUUUGGAGAGUACUAGACAUUCCUAAAAUCCUUACAAAGAAACAUAUGAAGCCAUACCCAUUAAAAAUUAUCAUUGAAACAGCUUAAUUUAGUGAGCUUGUUAAUCAUGAAGUCUAAUACAAGAACAAAUGAUCCUUCACAUAGAACACUUGCCUUUCCCAACCAAUCAGCACCUUCUGUCCUACCAUGGAAACACCUUUGAUCCUUUUGUUCUUCUGCUUUUGCAAAGUAAAAAAUAAGAGACAAUUAUAAUUUUUUCCAAAGUCUUCUUCUGGUUAAAAUAUUUACAUGGGCUCUUUCAUUUGUGAUCAAUAUUUGACUAAUCGAGCAUGUAAACUCUUUCUCUUGGAAAAUCUCUUCCUCAAAUUUGCUUUCCUUCCUUACAUCAUUAUGGAUUAUCAACUCUCGCUAUAAAACUUGCUCUUUUUAAUGGUGUACCUCAAUUCUCAUGGUUUCUUUACUCUCCUCCAAAUUGCCCUUACAAGUGUAAGCUAUCUAGCUCCUGAUUCCUAUCUACUUUGGUAUGAAUUGGUGGUUCUAUUGGUGACUGAGAGAUUUACUAUAUUGAUGUUUUUCAAAGAUGGAGCACUGGUUAAAAAAAAAAACUAUGUUUCCCACAUUACUUGGAAACUGAGCUACUCCCCCAAUCCUUUCAUGCUUUUUAUCUACAGUGACGGGAAAAAGUUAACUUAUGUCUUAAGAGCCAGUUUACUGAUAUCCUUCCAAUUAUUUUCCUCUUCUUUCCCUGUGCUUUUGUCAUCCCGUUAGUGAUUGAGAGGCGGGUAAGGUUGUAAGUCUCCUUUCUACUAUUUCUGACCAAGUCACUUGUCAUUGGAGAAGGGAUUGUAAGCUUUUGGGUCUCAGAGGUCAUUGGAGAAGGUAUUCUUGGCUUUUGGUUUCAAAGCCUUCUGAGGGCUGCCCUAUAGCUUUUUGUUUCUCAGAUCCUUUGCAUCCCUUCACCUUCUUAGGGAGCCUCUACGUUUUCCUCUCUUUGGAAUGUUAAAAUGCCGUAUUAUUUGCCUUGCCAGUUUUGCAUGGGAGAUUGAAUAAUACUCAGGACCGUCUCAAGAGAUUCUUUGCCUUGGUGUUGAAGUUUCUAUGGCAUGUUCUUUGUAGGAAAUAGGGGGAGGACCUUGAUCAUUUGUUUUUAGAUUUUUCUUUCGUUUGCUCUCUAUGGAUACAGUUUUUAAAACUUUCAAGUUUAUUUUGCUCAUAGCAGAAGGUGCUUCCCUAUUUUUGAGGAGGUACUGUUGAACCCUCCUGAAGGGUCUUGUUUUUCCACCAUUUUGUGGCCAUUUUUCUUGACGAACAGUUGAAUUCUUAAAAAAGUAGAGGUCUAGUGAGGAGCUUUAGGAGGCAAUUAGAUUUUAUUUCUCUGUGGGGAAGUUAAUAGGGCUCUUAAUUACCAGCUUAGAACUAUUCUUUUAGAUUAGGCUUUGUUUUUGUAAUCAGUUUUGAAGUUCUGUUUUUUGUUGGUGUGUUUGUUUUUUUCUGUUUGCCCUUGUAUAUCUUUUCAUUUUUCUCAAUGAAAGCUUGGUUUCUUAUUACAAAAGAAUUUUACUGAGAUCCAUCUAGUCUUGUGUCUGUUAACUAAUCAUGCUGUAAAUUGCACCUUUUCAUCCUCUUCAAGAUUAUUCUCUUCCACCCCCAGUGCACACUGUACCCACCUUCUUGCUAUCCUUCACCCCUUCUGUCAUAAAUGUAAUGAACUGAGGUCUAUCAAAGUCAAGGUGUUCUUAUGGACCUUGGUCUAGGAGGCUUAAUUGUGAUGGAUAGGAUUCAAAUGAGAUGUUGACGUGAUACUUAUCAAAUGAGAUGUUUGAAUCUUAUUUUGUCAAAUUUGAGCAUUUUAUGAAAACUGCUACAGCAGAUCAAAAUCACCGAUUCAUAAUUGUUCUUUCUAUAAUAUGAGGUGAGGAGUUAAAUCUAAUCACCAAACUCCAUGAAAGAGCUCUCGAGGAAAACAGCCAAAGAAGACCAGCUUUGUUUUUGUAACUCCAUUACUUCAAAGAUUCCAGCAACCACCCAUCCACCUUGUUGGGGAGACAAAGAUGAACGUCAAAAAGGUUCAGCACCCUGUUCCAAGAAUGUCUGCAAAAGACAAUGCAAGAAAAUGUGGUCCAGGAUAACCACAAGGUUCAUCCCUUUUACUCAUUGAUCCCCAUGGCAUUAACUGCAAUCAAGGUUUCAAGCAGCCCAGUUGUGACCAGUAAGGCAAUUGUAUCUAAUUCUUAUGGAGUUUUUUCUUCUUUAUCCAAGUCAGAACGUGAAAAAUUAAAUCCAUCAAGCUGUAGAGUUGACAUCGGGGAGCUCCAUGGAUGUCUCUUGACAGAAAAAGUCAAAGUCUCUAGUCAUCGGCAGCGGAAUUCUUAUGGAAAACCUUGGAGCUUUACCCUGUCACGCAGACCUGCUGUGUUAUGUUUCUCAACUGGGACGGAUCAUAGAGAAACUGAAGAGUGUUUUAGGCCUUAUGAUAGUUCUGCAGGUUUAAGAUGUGCCCAAACUGGAGAUGAUGAAGAUGAUCAGCCAACCUUUUGUAAAAGAACCAUUAAAUCCAACCCUGGAAUAGUUGAAGCCUGUCGAUUUGCAUACAACGAUGCAAAAUUUGUAAAUGAAAGGGCUCGCAAUGACAUCGUAUUGCUUUCUCGCGGCAUAAUGAGACUGAAUGCACGUGCACGUCAAGAUGUUGCUAUCCUUGGAUCUGAGUUUCUUAAGCUUGAUGCUCGAGCUAGAGAGGAUACAGAGACAAUUGACCGUAAUGUGAAGAGAAAAGCUGAGCGACUGCGACGUAUUGCUACGACUUUGAGAGAGAAGGCUCAGUCUAGUCUGAAAAAUGCUGCAGAUGAGCAUUGGAGUGAUGGAGCUUUAGAGGCUGAUUUGCGCUUGGCUGAUUUCCGUGCUAAACAGCGGGCAAUGGAAGAUGCCCUGAUGGCUUUGGAGUUUGUCAAAAAUAUUCAUGAUAUGAUGGUGAGAAAGAUGUACAACUUUCCUCAGUCAAAUCAAUCUGGUUUUCCAAUUGCCAAUGACAUGAUGGACCGUAUAAAACUAAAAAAAAAUGGGAAGAGUCUAGAUUUCUUAACCGGUGAACUAUCAACCGAUCGCAUUUCUGCUAUUCAGGAAAUCUAUUGGAGUAUGGCCUCUGCCCUUUCUGAAGCUGAUGGAAUUGAUUAUACUGAUCCAGAAGAGCUUGAGCUGUUGAUUAGAACUCUUAUGGAUCUUGAUGCAAUGGAUGGCAAAAGUAGUGUAUCACUGCUUGCAGAAUGUUCGAGUUCUCCAGAUGAAAAUACUAGACAAGCACUGGCCAAUGCUCUAGCAGCAGCCCCAUCCAUGUGGACUCUUGGAAAUGCAGGCAUGGGAGCAUUGCAGAGACUGGCAGAAGAUAAUAACCCAGCAAUUGCUGCAGCAGCAUCCAAUGCCAUCAAGGAGCUGAAGAAACAGUGGGAAAUAGGAGAAGGAGAUAGCUGGAGCUUUACAGUGAAUCAAAAGGCUACCAUGGAAGGCAGUGAAGCUGAUGAUGAUGAGGGUAAUGCAGAUCCAUCAUGAGACAUCUUUAAGUAAAAUCUUUACUGUAGAUAAGCUAAAUUUAAGUGCUUGUUAGAAUCAUAGGAUUGAAAAAAAAAAAAAAAAAAAAAAAAACCCUGAUCAUUGCUUUGUGAUUGGUGGCUGUUAUAAAGCAAACUUAGUCAUUUUAUGUCAUGGGAUUUUCUUUUAAGGAAAUAUAUUUUCUUAAGAAAAAGGAAAUUCAUAAAA